CUAAGACCAACCUACCUAGAUUGCGGAUAAGGCACGUCUCCGUUCCGUCAUCCCUUCCAGCUGAGUGUGAUCCGAUUCUUCAGACUUCCAGCCAAUACAGGAGUAGAUGUUGUCCUUGGGUUGAGUGGAAAAUAAAUAUCCGUACACUCCAUGAAACAAACAAUGGGGUUCGUAUUUUGCAAGGGAUUGUUCGAAUCUAUUCGCCGGGAGGGAGGGGAGAAGGCCGAUGAAGCCAAGCUGUUUGUUCCGCCCUCCAAACCCACCCACUACUGUAGCUACUCACAACCACCCUGCGUCGUUGUCUUCAUUCCAAGGCCAUCUGUUGACGAUGAUGUUUGCGUCUUUCAACUCCCGAUUCCGAAUCGCAUUCAUCGUCCAACCUUGAUCCUACACCCCUCCUCCCCUGUCCGUGUAGGCCCCCAUCUCUAG